AUGGCAGGUUCCAUCCAAAACAUAGUGGCAACUCCGCUACAUGCUGUUGCCGAGUCGAACAUUGCUCUUGCCCAUUUGAACUUUGAUUUCUCACUGGUCAAAGUCGAGGCGCCUGCCGAACUUCAACCCGUGGGAAGACAGCUUUCUCAAGCCCGGCGACAGUCUGCGGAAGACGGGUCAUUUCAUAUUCUGGCCCGGCGCCUAGGUGUGCUAUUCGAUGAUGUUCUGCCGGACGUACCACUACUAUUGGAGGCGUAUGGGACUCGUGCUAGUGAAAUAGCCCAAGAGACUUCCCAGAAAUUACACCAACCGAGAAACAUCGUGGAUGGGUUCUUUGGAACUCAUCUAGGCAUUGAUAGCACGACAAUAUGGGCUAGUGCAACUAGUGGCAGGUCGGUACUUCGCAUUCAUCUUCUCGCAUGUUUUUUGGCCCGCAUCUGGACUCAUCAGGAAGCAACGGGGGUUUGGAAAGAUAUUGUAGAACAUCGUCAGGCAAUGAUUAGAAGACAAGCUCAAUCAUCUGAAAUUAUGGAUAACUACUUGGCGCAAUUAGCUGCCGCCCAUGAAAUCGAUGAAGCGCUACUAGCAAGCUGGGAUUCCAGUGCUCGAGCCUGGUUACAAAUUGCAGACCAAGCGAAGAAGAAAGAGCAGAUCCAGGUGCAGUUAAUUGUCAACAACCGUUCAGUGGCAGUAAAGGACCAAGAAGCUUCCGAUGACCAGCCAUCUCCGAAGCCAAACAGCUAUGACAGUGUUAUGUCUAACUUUAACCGCGCCCUGACUGCGAUGGAAAGCUUGAUCAAGGGGGAGCCCCAAAGAAUAACAGACGCGGGAAUCAUGCUCGGCUUAACCUCGUGGCAUCUCUACCCGGAUUUGGUAGUACUUACAUCAAGUACAAAGGAGAUAUCCCAGAAAGAUCAACUGGUGAAGGAAGGUGGAAUCGUCACUAUUGCAAUCGCUCCUGAAACUGGCCCGCGUGCAGAUGGAGUAUAUUGGUCUUUGCCACUGGCGAGUCUUCGUUACUACGGCACUGUUACGCGAGAACGAUCGACUAUGCAUGACUCCAGAAUCUCAGUGGAGCAACUACAGGCCUUAGCACUUGGUGCUUCUUUGGGCUCCUAUGAUAAUGCAGUUUCUGCUGCAAAAUUCAUAGGGUCACUCUGGAGACUCUUUCAUUAUAUAUACCAACUCAAAUUGCAUCAGAUCGCCGAGAAACCACUGGAGCUUCCCGAGGACUUAUCACGGUAUAGUGUGGUUGACCUCAUCGACGAUCGGGAGUCGCUUAGGUCAAUCAUGAAACUGCUACAACUGAUGUUCCCCCUCAGAGAUGGCAUCGAAUUGCUGCUCUCGGAUGACUCUGGAGAGAGACAGAUCGCAAUGCAACUCUUGCGAUACGGCACCAACUAUGGAAGAUCCUGGCUUGGAAACGAUGCAAGCUCAUUGUCGGUGUUCCUUUGUCUAACCCAUCUGCAACCCCUGCUCGGAAUGAUCGGAUACUCUGGUGAACGAAUCAAUAUUCUUCGCACGCUAUGCUCCAAGCAUCAGCUCAACCCGUCUGAAUAUGUGAUUCGCUUCCGAACUCGGCACAACUCGUGGGCAUUCUCGCCUAUAUUACACAACCAUCCCGUAGGUGUUCAUGGUGGCAUGAAAAGGAAGCGGGAUGAAUAUGAGGCAUCAGAUGCAGAUAUUAUUGAGUGCGUCGAAGUCCCACCAGGAGAGGACUGGAUUUGCAUUGGUACGCCAGCGACAUCGAGGGAACAUGCUGUUCCAACCAGCGCACCUGUUGCCUUCGAGGACAUAUUUGCAGAGCUUAUGGAAGACAAUCCGCAGACCAGAGAAUCCGUUCUAUUUGACUUUGUGUUCGGUGAUCAUAACCUCGCAGCCGUUUACAGAAGGCGAACCAUCCAGUCACCACCAAGUAAUAAGCCACUUCCGAACACAGUUCCAUUGUCAAUGGUCCAAGAUCUGCUUGAUAAAAAUGCUUUGAUGCCCGAGAAGGUGGCCGAAUACAUAUUGGACCGGUUCGGGUCGACACAAGCUCUUCAUGAGAACUCACUUCUCGCUCUUGGACGGGUAAUAGACUACUACAAACACUACUUGCCUCAGGUUACGGUAUCUAUGAGCGUCAUAAAGAGCCCUGUGACCUCGUGGAAAUGGGUCCCAUCAUUGUUGCACCCGCUUGAUCUAUCAGCCUCUCUCGCCACGCAGCAAGCUCGCGAAGGAUCUAUUCCUAGCUCCGUUUAUUUGAGUUUACUAUCUCGAGAACAUGCAUUUGCAGCAAUCCUCCAGUUCGAGUCCGGUAUAAUCAGCCUGGAUACCCCAGACCUUGCAACGGUGUUUGCAAUUUCUAGUGGCAACUCACUUUUUAUUGCGAAGCAACUACUAUACGAUCCUACUCCAGCAGAUAGAAUUGCGCCCUAUGCUGUUUCUCAUGCCAUCGGAAAUGUGGGGAAACCGGGCAUUGCUAUCCUCGUUUCCCCGCCCGAACUGGAGAUACGAGAACACACGCUUGAGCGGUGGCGCCUUGUCAACCAUCAUCCAUUUGAUGGAAACCCAGUGGGUGGAAGAUUUGACGGUACAUCGCUGCAUUUGUCAUUUACUGGAUGGGAUGGGCCUGUGAGCUUGGAUUCAACCAGCUACAGAACCAUGGAAGCCUACUAUCUUCAAACAACCAUCUCCGUCAAUGAUGGCGGGGAGUGGGUGGGAGAUGUGGAUAUCCUCAAAGGACUGACUGAUGUUCAGUUCCUAGCUUAUCCUUCUUUCUCAAGAGGAUCAUGCAAUCACGAUUCUAGCUUCCAGACAGCCCUAUUAAAAUCGGCCGGAAUGGUGUCUAUCGAUUGUUGGGAGGAGAUUUUGGAUCCCCCUGAAGGUGUUCUCGUGCUCCGUUCGACACCGGUAACAUCUAAUGACUCCAGGAAGUGGCAAUGGAUGGUUCGAUUAGCCGCUAUAAGCAUGGCGUCUUCCAAGGGAUACAAAUGCUUCUGUUUACCUCUAGAUAGAGACAUUUGCUGGACCUGUAUUGUCGGACAGAUAGGCAUUGACGGAGGGAAGCAACUUGUCGUGUGCUAA